AUGGCGACGGCUAAAAGAGUUGUUUACAAUAAACGAAGUAAAAGCAACUUAUUCUCAAGCAAAAAUACUGAAAUUCUCUCAGCACAAGAUGGCAUUGAAUUCCCCGAACAAACGGAGAUGGAAAGUACUCUUCUGAUGCAUGGAGAAGCGAACCCCCAGCGUGUUUUUGAAAUAGAUUUACACGGGUCGAAAUUGACGAAGAUGGAACACUUUGAAAAAUUUAGCAAACUCCGGUGCUUAGAUUUAUCCUGCAACCAGAUAAGGAAUAUUACCGGCUUGCAAAAAAAUGUGGAACUUAAGGAACUUAAAUUGUACUCAAACAAGAUCAAAAAUCUUGGUGGUCUUGACAAUUUAAAAGAGUUGUGUUCCUUACAACUGCAAUACAACUGCAUCUGCCAGCUUGGGACAGGACUUCGGAAUUUAAAAAAGCUUAAAAGUCUACGCAUGGAUUGCAAUGGGAUUGUAAAUAUUUCCGUAUCAGAGGUUGCGGCAUGCUCAAAAUUAACAUUCCUGAAUGUUUCCAGUAAUGACUUGGGAGAUAUUUCAUUUAUCAAUUGCCUGCCUAAUUUGGAGGAGUUUUAUGCCUCUAAUAAUUCACUUGUUAAAAUUCCAGAUCUUGGUAGGUGCAAGAAACUGCAAGAACUUGAUCUUAGUAAUAAUAAGAUAUCAAGUAUAGCAGGUAUUAAAAGCCUACCUUCGUUAACCAUCGUUAGACUCGAACAUAAUGACAUUAGGAAUUUAGACAUUUCUGGUGCGGUAACAACUUUGGAGCAACUAUAUGUUGGUAAUAACAAAUUAGCUGGUGUUAAAAAGAUACCACAACAAUUUCCUGCACUUGAAGUUCUGGAUAUUUCAUCGAAUAUAUUUAAUAAUUUGAAGGAAAUAUGCAAUGAUUUGUCGGCGUGUGGAAAUAUUAAAGAGUUAAACAUUGCUAAUAAUCCGUGUUUUAAUGGACUAUCACUUGAUCAUCAAAAUUGCUUGAAAGCUCUACCAAGACUUGAGGUUCUCAAUAGCAAUCCAGUAAAGCGGCCGCAAUCUUCUCAAAGCAAGGUUCGUCCACCCAUGAGACCUGUAUCUGCGUCUCAACUGGUUAGCACAAAACAUUUGGAAGAGCAGGUCUCAGCUGCAAUACAGGAGCAAAGCUCCUUUGAAUCAUUAAUCGCUACGAAGUUUGAUGUGGUUUAUGAUUUACUUAAGAAACUACCUGAGAAAAGCAGUGAGGAAUCAAAUCUUUAUAAAAGCAAUGAUAAAAGCUUUAUUUCCAAGCCUGAAGAUCAAGGAUAUUACUUUAAGCAUGCAGAUUCACGAAGCAAUUCUCGACCAGGAACACAAGAAUCUCAGCAGAGAAAUAGUAGCCCAAGAACAACCAGUGAUGGUUCAAGACCACCCAGUCGAUGCAGUAAUAGGGCAAGACUACACGAGGCAAUGACUUUUGCAGAACAACAUGUUGAUGAAUAGGAUAAAGAAGUGAAAGUUUUGAUCAAUAUAUCAAGGGUUUGAGCUCCUUUGAGCUGGUUUCUUAUACUUUUGAGAAUGGAUUACCAUCAGUUGCAAUUGAUUAUGUCUCUUGAGGUAUGAACAAUAGCAAAGAUCAAUAAAACACAUAAAAAUAUCAUUUAUGGCAAACAAAUUGAAUGUUCACCUAUGUAAUAUAAAUACUUAUUUUGUUCCACGAAGUCAAGUAUGUAAAAAUAUGUUUGAAUUUUACAAUGUCAACAUGAAAUUUUAUUCAAACAAACAAGUACUCAAGGAUAACUUUGACCUUGGGAAACAUAGUUCUACAAUCAACAAUAGUGUUGAUGAAUACUCUUGAUAUACAGACUCCAGCUCUACGCAUUUGGUGCUUUAUAGUUACAAAAAAAUACUUGUUUUACAGGCUAGAGAAUACAACAAAAAACUGCUAUUUGACAAUGCUCGAAAAAACAUGUUCCGAAAAUGUAAUUGAUCGGUUAUCAAACUUGAUAACAGAAUAAUACUCUAAUAAUUAGUAUUUCACUGCUCUCUGUGAAUAGUAAGUUGCUA